ACACUGCCUCUCCCCAUUGGGUCUCUCUAAGAGUCACAUGCUCUGGGCUUCCUUGAAAAGAAUCUUCUGAGGCCUCAGCAUCUCAUCUGAAUCUCCCGAAUUCCACUUAGAACUGUGUUGAGCUCUCACCCAUCACAAUGAGCAACAAAUUCCUGGGCACCUGGAAACUUGUCUCUAGUGAGCACUUUGACGAUUACAUGAAAGCUCUGGGUGUGGGGUUGGCCACCAGAAAACUGGGAAAUUUGGCCAAACCCAGUGUGAUCAUCAGCAAGAAAGGAGAUAUUAUAACUAUACGAACUGAAAGUACCUUUAAAAAUACAGAGAUCUCCUUCAAGCUAGGCCAGGAAUUUGAAGAAACCACAGCUGAUAAUAGAAAGGCCAAGAGCACCAUAACCCUGGAGAGAGGAUCACUGAAUCAAGUGCAGAGGUGGGAUGGCAAAGAGACAACCAUAAAGAGAAAGCUGGUGAAUGGGAAAAUGGUAGUGGAAUGUAAAAUGAAGGGUGUGGUGUGCACCAGAAUCUAUGAGAAGGUCUGAAAAAUUCUUUCCUCACUGAAGUGGUUUUUGAUCAUUUAAUAAUGGAAAUCAAUUACUUCCACUGGCAAAAUCUGAAUACACUGAAACGUUUGUUUUUGCUUUUGUCUUUAUAUAUCAAAUAGGCAAAGGCCUAAACUGAGAAUUAAUCUAAAAUUCAAUGUUAUUUAAAGAUAUUUAAUGUGCAUGCAUGUCAUUAAUACAUUAAAGCAUAUAUAUUGACCAGAUCCGAACAGUUGAUGAUGUCAUUUAAUUAACUAUAAAAUUCUAACCUAUGUUGUACUUUGUAUACUUGAAAUGAAAAUAAAAAGGAUAUUAUAUGUUAGGACAAGGAAAUCAAAGCAUUGAUCAGCAAACUCAAAUGCUGACAGGGGUCAGGAGAGUUAUGGGGAAGAAGCAUCAGAAAUCAGGCGAGCCAGGAAAACGAGCUAUUUGGAAGUAAAGAGCUGUAGUCUCCGCUAAAAGGGAUAGCCGCUACUCCAGCCAACCUUUUAAAAUUAAAGGAUAUUUUAUAGAUAGUUAAAUGUACAUAUAUUAAGGGUAGAGUUCAGUCACUGUGGCCAAUGCAUGCACCCACAUAACUUACAUCCCAAUCAAGAUACAAAACAUUUUCUUAAUCCUCGUACAUUUCCUUCUGCUUCUUCUCAAUCAGUGUCCUCUUCUGUUCCACCCCUACUGAAAGCAAGUAGUGAUUUGGUUUCUAUCACAUAGAUUCAUUUUGCCUUUUCAUAUAAAGGGAAUUAUACAUCAUGUAUUCUUUUUUGUUUGCUUUUUAAAAAUUCAGCAUAAUGUUUUUGAGAUUCCUCCAUAUUGUUGCAUGCAGCUGUAGUUUGUUUCUCUUUAUUACCAAGUAUUAUUCCAUUGUAUGACUAUAUCACAGUUUUUCCAUUCUAUUAUUAAGAUAAUGCUAUUUCUAAUUUUUGGCUGCUAUGAAUAAAGCUGCUACAAACAUUUUUGUACAAGACUUUUUGUAAACUUAGGAGUUCCUUUAUUUUGAAUAAAUAACUAGUCAUAUAGGCAUAGGUGCAGUAAUAUUUGACAGGCAAGAAUGGGGACGAUUGCAUUGUGCCCAAGUAAUAAUAAAACUAUUUCAGAUGUAUUAUAUGAUUGAGCAAAUGAGAAAACAUGCUGAUGUUGAUGGGAGUCAGGAUGUUCACUGUGGAAAAAGGAACAUACAAAUAUGGAAUGAGGGAAGGCAAGAAAGAAUCAUGUGGGAAUGGAAUAGAAGUAAUAUAAAUUCAUAAUUUCUAAACCAUGUAUAUGUACGUGUAUAUGUAUUAUAAUUGCAUAUAAAUGCACUUGAUAAUAGACAUGUAUUUAUGUGUGUAUGUGUGUGUAUACACAUGCAUAUAUUUUCUAGUUCUAUCUGCCAAAAGGACUUAGACACAAAAACACCUCAGCAGAAAUGAAUAUACCUAACACUCAGAUCUUCAUGUCUAAAAUAAUUUGCCACUAAAAGGAAUCAUGGCUACUUGGAGAAGUGACUGAUUCCAAAGCAAGGGCAAGGGAGAAAAAAGAUGAGCCUGAAAUAUCUUGUUAUGCCAAAAAGUAAUGUU